UUGAAGGUAUCCCCAUCAAACAUAUUUGCCGUAGCUGCGAUACUCGAAGGCGCUCACUAUAUCAAUGGAUCGCCACAGAAUACCUUGGUACCUGGGAUUGUCGAACUGGCUCGUCAGCACAACGUUUUUGUCGGAGGAGACGACUUCAAGUCUGGGCAAACAAAAAUCAAAUCUGCGUUAGUUGAUUUCCUAGUCAGCAGCGGAUUGAAGCCAGAAUCGAUCGUAUCAUACAAUCAUCUGGGGAACAAUGAUGGGAAGAACCUCAGCGAAGCGAGGCAGUUUAGAUCCAAGGAAAUCUCCAAAUCUUCCGUAGUCGACGACAUGGUCCAAGCCAAUAAGAUCUUAUACCCAGAGGCGAAAAACCCGGAUCACUGUAUUGUCAUCAAAUACGUACCAUUUGUUGGUGAUUCAAAAAGAGCAAUGGACGAGUACAUCUGCAGCAUCUUCAUGGGUGGUCGUCAGACUUUCGUCAUUCACAACACUUGCGAAGACUCUCUGCUUGCAUCUCCUCUCAUCUAUGAUCUAGCUAUUCUCACCGAGUUGGCUACACGAAUACGUUAUGCUGAUGCUACAGAUGGGCAGUUCCGCUCAUUCCACGAGGUGCGUUUUAGCAUAAUGAUGAUAGAAAAGAUUAGAGAAGUAAGUUUUCAGGUUCUCUCUAUGUUAUCGCUCCUACUCAAGGCUCCAGUGGUUCCAGCCGGUACUCCGGUGAGCAACGCCUUCAUGAGACAAUUCGCCUCGCUCACGAAACUUCUCACC